AUGUCCUACUCGCAUGGUGCUCCCCGUCGGGUGUCGCUAGGAUAUAUACUUGGAUUCAGCGACAAGCCCUUCAAGGAUCCAAAGCCGCCUCUGCCACCGCCACCACCGCCGCGUCCCAAAAAGCCAUGCCAGCUGACAGAACUAAUUGCCACCCCAGGAGGAUUGGUCGAGUGGACGGCGAGUGACGGGCGCAAGGGCACACUCACAGGAAAGGGCAAAUCGCGACUCACAGCAGCCAGCCUUGCCAGAAUACCAUCAGAUAGGCGGUCCACCAAAGAAUUGCUCGCUGUCAAGGAUACUUCGAAAAAGUCUGCCGAUAACGCUGAAGGUGCAGAGGCAUCUGGGGGUUGCGGAGUUGAGGCUACCAAUGGAUCUCGGAAGUCAGGUUCGAAGAAGGCAUCUAGCAAUAAGGAUGGUCCCAGUAGUGGCUCGACCAAAGCAUCUCAGAAAAACACCAGUGGCAGUGCAAAUAUUCAGGACACCGGAGCCCAAGCAGAUGCUGCUGGUGGUGACAGCAAGAAGGGUGAAAAGGACACAAGCAGUAAUACAAAGGAUGCAGCUGCCCAAAACACUACCACUGCUGAGAAUGGCAAAGAAAAGGAAGAUGAAGAGUCGAAUACAUGGACGAAGGAGCAGGACGAAACAAUUAUACAGAUGAAGACGGAAAAUGCGUCGGUGCAAUGGGCUGUCGUGGCCGAAAAAGUUGGCAAGUCUGUUGAAGAGUGCAAGAGUCGAUUCAAAGAAAUCAAACCUAAGGAUUGGAAACCGAAUAACAACAAGAACAAGAAUGGUAAUCAGAACCAAAACCAGGGAGGCAAAGAAGGUGGCAAGAAGGUGGAAGAACAGAAAGAAGCAAAGAAAGCGGAUGAAAAUGACGACAAUGGGUGGGCAGCCAUGGGUUUCAAUGGGCUUAUGGGCGACGGCAAUGAUGGUAAGCAGGAUGACACUGCUAACGUCAACAAUACGAACACGUGGGAACAAAAUGGAGAUGAUAGCUGGGGAAAUACAGGUGUGAAUGGAGGCACUGAACAACCCAACGAUGCAAACGACUGGAUAAUAGAAAAUCAGACGAACACGAAUGGCGACUCGUGGAAUAACACAGCAAAUGCUAAGGGCGACAACAACCAGGAUAUCGCCAAUUCAUGGGAUCCAGUUGAUGCAGGAGCCGCACCAACAAAUUGGGACAUUCCCGGCCAACAGACGAAUAACGUCACAGGCAGCAACACUCAACCUGCAAACGAAUGGCCAAACGCAGCCAAACCCCCAUCAGCACCUCGCUCCAACAAAGCACCCUCCGAGUCGCGCUCCCACCGCAGCUCUGCCGGCGGCAAAUCCAAGUCCAGCACGCACAGCCGGCCCCUCGAGCUCGAGCUCAAGCCCGACGACACGUUUUCCGCCGACGACUUGCGCUUGAUUGCUCGCAUUCUGCAGCAGGACUGCAAGAUGGUGUGGAAUAGGGUUAGCUGGAGGUUUCGCGAUAAAACGGGUAGGGUUUUGGAUCCCGAGGUGUUUGAGAGGAAGAUUACGGGGAGUGUGGAGAAGGAGGGGAGUCAGAGGGGGGAGGGAAAGAAGUAG